UUCAUCCACAGCGUCACUUUGCACCAUCUGGAUGAUGGUCAACUGAUACUGCGACCUGCGCACUCUUUCUCUCUCCUGCUGGCCCAGUCCGCAAUGCUCCUCUAAGUCGCUCUUUAUCUGUUGAGAAAGCCCUCCGAUGCUCGACGCUUAUUCUUUCUGAUCCGAUCUUUAUCACUAGCAGGCCGCAUGUUUUCUAUUUCGAGUUCACUUCUCACUUCAAGUUGAGAUGAGCCACCACCACAAGACCAAUUCCCGGCCCGCAGAGCCGCAUGCACACGACCUUCGUUCGCGACAACACUUUGCACUUGCUGGAAAAAGUAGGAUGGUGUCACUCAAGAUACGGACCGGAGAGAACAUAAUCGACGGAGAAAACUCUUCCUUCAACAAUUACGACAUAAGUCAACCUCUGAUCUCGCGAAUCGAGCAACUAAUCCCUGCUCGUUACAAGAGCCCGCCACACUCAAAAAGCCGAAUCUUCGCUGCUCUAGAAGAUGCUAUCUCGUUUGUGCAUAAUACGUGCCCCGCGGGCCUGAAGCGCGGCAAUCUGCCACGAGCCGAUACGUUGAGCGAGAAGUGCCGUUUACUUGGGUCUUUCAUACCUAUUCCAUAUUUCCCGCCUUCAGGACGGCCUGUCGACCGCUUUCUAGGGGGUCUCAUAACCUACCUCGAAGAUCAGAACACGAGGGGUGUCACUGCUCCAUCGCCAGUCGACACACCUCAGAGCGGCGCCGCCGCAUCUAAAACAGAUGCACGACAGCCUCCAAUAGCCGAGUCAGGACCUGGCAGGGCACAGCUCCCUACACCGCCGACGCUGGGGACAGACGAAAUAUCAGCUAUCAAAAUAGAAAGCGAUACUGAAACUGGAACUCCGAAGGGCUUGCGUAAGCAAUCCAGAAAGAAAGGAUCUUCGACAAGGCAACUAUCCAGCGCCGCAAAGAGGAGGAAAAGACGCGAAGCAGCCAACCUUGAACGUGAUGCUGCUGACGACAACACAAGGAGACCCCCAACCCAUCCCAAGAAGAAGAAGGCAAAAGCGUUUCUCCACCACCGAGCCUCCAGCCCAGUGCUUGAUCUUACUCCACAGCCACCGCAAAUCGAUGUGGCCAGCGUCUCCGCGCAGCUACGGGACCGUCUCAAUGUCACGCCUAAGGAGCGACCGAGCAGAAAUGGCCAAUCCUCCGACUCCGAAAGUUCAGAAGAAUCAGACUCAUCGAGCGAUUCAGACUCUAGGCCCGUUGUAGCAAAUCCAGCAGGCGCCCGCAAGGAAGAGCAACAACGAGAAUUGCACAGGGCAAAGCGCAGAAAACCUCUGAACGUUUAUCGAGCCAUGUAUGACGAGGCUCAAGAGGAGAUACGGUUUUUACAAGACCUGCUAAUGAAGGGCGCGGGACUGACCGAGGCUGAUCUCAAGGCUUGCAAAGUCCGAGUCAAAAAUGGACGGGGAUUUAAAUAUGCGUUUGACCUGGUGUACAAUCCUGACGUGGACGAUCGUGGCAAGGAACCACCGAGAAAGAAAGUGAGAGUUUCGCUUUGAGUCAGAUGAGGCCAGCUAGAGUUUGCUAGGAGGCGUCCUGCAGAGACUGGGCGAGCAUUCAUUCCUGGCCUGAUUGGCAUUGCCUGAUUUUCGAUGCAUGCUGAACUGC